AUGCUCUCGUUCCAACGUACUCACCCGUUCCUACCCUCCGAACAACACCUUUGCAGGCCCUCGCUCAAGCGAAAUCGCAGCUCUCAGGGCCAUCUCCACGCUUUCUGUCCAAGGAUGCGCCUCUCCACAGAAACCUCGCAGCCAUCCGGCUCGCCGAGCCUCAAGGACGACCUCGCCAGGCUCAUCCAUCAGAUCCACAAGACAUCCACCAUCCACAACAUCACCAACGACUCGGGCGUCUCCUUCUCGGGCGACAGCUCCGCUUCCGCCAGCAUCACCACCCUCCCCGUCCGUCAGGCUACCGGCAGCUCCGUAGCCAGCACCAUCACCCCGGAAUCCGCACCCGCUCGAUCCUCCACAGUCACCCUCGACGCAUCGUCCGACGCUUCGCAAGCAAACCAAGAUGCACAGCCGCAAACACAUCUUUCCGCCCGUCCUUUGGCACUUCCCCUGCUGUCUCAGCUCGACCCCGCGCUUGCGUUCCCUGGAGCCUCCAAGGUCGUCGCUUCACCUUCCAUCCUCAAGGCAGACGAACCAUUCUUCUCGGCAGCACCUUCGUCAGCACAACCUGCCUAUUCACUCUCACCUUCAUCUUCGCAAGACUUUGAGCUCAACGGUCUCUGGGACAGCCUCGCUCGCCAACUCAAACCCAUCGCCGACCUAUUGCGUUCGGGGCGCCAUCGCACCUCCCUCGGCACCUCCCGUCUACCCGCCGACUGCAUCGCUGCUCUCCAGCUUUGGCUCUUGACCUGCUCCGACUCCUCCAAGCUCAUACCCAACCAGCACCUCCUCGAAGCUGCCAUCGAGAUCUUUCGCGUCCUCGCCAACCUCUGCAUCGACCAUGACGCCAACCGCACGCUCCUCGAUGGUCUCAACGCAGCUCCCUCGGUCCUCACCGCCGUCGCCGCCGCGCUACGCACGCUGGACAACUCAAGAUCCUCGGCGCUCUUCUCCAUCACCGUCCUCACUUUCCUCCGUUCUGCCAUGGGCGCAGUACUCAACAUGCAGCUCGAACACAUCGCUACUCGCCGCUCCCUCGCCAGCGUCAACUGCAUCACCACCCUCACCGCCGUCGCCUCGCAUCCUCGCAUUUACCUUCCGCAUCUCUGGGCGCUUCCGCCCACCGUACAGCUCGAGAACGACAAGGACGCCAUCACCAAGCUCAAAAUGGGCGCCACCGUCUCCAGCUGGGCAUGGCGCAUCGUACAGGAGAUCUUUGACGACGCCAAAGAGGAAAAGGAGGCCCAGCCGGGCACCCCUUCCGACGAAAUGCACGAUGGCAUCGACCCGGACGCAGCGUCGCACGAUGUGCGCUCCGUCCUCACCCGCCACGCCCUCGACUCUCUCCUCCGCCCUCUCGCGCUAUACACACCUGCCGUGUCCAACAAGUCUGCAGGCGCGGACCGCUCUCAGCCCCUUCAAAUCGACGAUGACGACGUCGAAGAGCUCGUCGACGCUGACGCCGAAAUUCUCCAGACCGUCGGCACGCUCGUCGAGGCGUGCGCAGCCGAUGAUGCCGAGUUCAGAGCGCGCGCGGCCAAACAAUUCGCCGCGAACGACGACGGCGAUACAAACAUCUCGCUGCAGCACAGCUUCCGCUCCGGACUAGAUGCGCUCAUGUUGUUCGUCGAGAGCGCAGAGACGCCACAAGAGUGGACGCGCGGCUCAGCAGUCUCGGCCUCGGACGAGGAGCGUCAGGCGGCCGAGGAACUGCAAAAGGCGUUCGCCCAGGUCAAAGCCAACGUAGCCAGAGCCGUAGUGGCUGUAUCGGGCGACGAUGCUAAUAUGGAGGAGCUCUUCAGUGGCUCCAUGGGCUUCAUCGACCGUCUCAAAGCCUGGAUUCGCCACGAUCCAAAGCAGCGCGACGACCUCGUCAGCUGCGGCAUGCUGGCCCUCGGCAAUCUGGCGCGCAGCGAUGCGCACUGCCUCAGCUUGGUGCAGGACCACGCGCUGGCUCCAUUCCUUGCUUCCCUCCUCGCCCAAGCAGACGACAUCAAGGUGGCGCACGGUCUUGUAUCGCUCCUCAAGAAUCUCUCCAUUCCUGCGCCCAACAAACGGAUCAUUGGAGAUCUCGAUGUCAUCCACGCCGUCGUCCGCUUCCUCGGCCGCGACAAGGACAUGGUACAACCGCUUCAAUUCGGCACCGCCGGCUUGCUCAAGCAUCUCUGCGCCGCAGUGCCGGAGAAUGCCAUACGUCUCGUCGACAUCGAGGCCGGUGCAAAGACAGCGUCCGCACCCAGUACGUCGGCGCUGAAUGCGCUGCUCGACAUGAUUGCACGCAUCGACGACGUGCCCACCAAGAUGGAGGCGACGCGCGUUUUGGUCAAUGCCGUCAAGAGCCUGUGGACAAGCGCACGAAGCGCACAUAUAUCGCAAGAUGCGAUCCUUGCGGCUCGCAACAAGAUUGUGCGCAGGGAUGUGAUCCAGGCACUUGCCGAGAUGGUGCGCACGAGUCCCAAGUAUCCCGUGCUCGUCAACGAGGGCAUCAUGGCGCUCACGCUCAUCGGAAGCGAGCGGGCGGGUGCCGAGCUGGUGAGCCUGUCGCUGCUCAACGAGCCUCACGCGGCGAAUGCAGACGACGACGCAGACGACGAGAUGGCAUCCGACACGGAAGCCGCAGCGCUGCGCGCGCCACGACGACGAUCCACGGUGGACAGCUCCGCCUCGACGUCUUCGCAUCCGCUGCCGCCGCCCGCAUGCGCGCUCGACAUGGUCAACCUCGUGCUAGCGCGCCGCGACGCCAGAAUGCCACCGCAGUUUGCGUGCAAUGCAUGCGCGCUCGUCUUGAGUCUCUGCCACGCAGUGUCUGCACCGGGCAGCACCGCCAGCACGGGCGCCAUCGGCCAACAGGCUGUAGCCCGCGUCGCCGCAACCACCCGUCCCGCACUCGAGCGUCUCAAGGAGCACGGCCCCACCGAGGCGCUAUCAGCAGCAGCCGACGCGCUCGACGCCGUCUCCAAGGCUGCCACUUUGUAG